ACCCCCACUCUCUGUUUCCUUCUCUCUUCCACGCAGUUUGCCACACUGCUGAUAUUUCUCUGACCAUGGGGCUAAUCACCGGGCUGUUUUCAUUCUUCUGCAACCUCCCAAGGAUUUAUAAGUGGCUCUUGCGGCCAUAUUAUUUAUUAUCUUUUCUUCUGUCCAUCGCUUUUCUUGCUGUUAGGAAAUGCCCGGGACUGUGUGAGCACUUACCGUCUCAAAGAGAAGACGGCAACUCGUGUGACUUUGACUGGAGGGAGGUGGAGAUCCUCAUGUUUCUCAGUGCUAUUGUCAUGAUGAAGAACCGCAGAGCAAUAACUCUGGAGCAGCAUAUAGGCAACAUUUUCCUCUUCAGUAAAGUGGCUAACGUGGUGUUGUUCUUCAGAGUGGACCUGAGAUUCGGCCUCCUCUAUGUCACAUUAUGUGUUGUGUUCCUGAUUACAUGUAAACCUCCUAUCUACAUGGGCCCAGAGUACAUCAAAUACUUCAGCGACAAAACCAUAGAUGAGGAACUGGAGAGGGACAGUCGAGUAACGUGGCUUGUCGAGUUUUAUGCCAACUGGUCUCCCGAGUGUCAGUGUUUCGCCCCCGUUUUUGCUGACCUCUCACUGAAGUACAACUGCUCUGGCCUCAAAUUUGGAAAAAUAGAUAUUGGACGAUAUGCAGGUGUUGCAGAGAGGUAUAAAGUAAGCCCCUCUCCACUCUCCAAGCAACUGCCCUCUCUGCUGCUGCUGCAAGGUGGACGGGAGAUUAUACGUCGCCCUCAAGUGGACAAGAAGGGGAGGGCUGUGAGUUGGAGCUUCACAGAGGAAAACAUAAUUCGUGAGUUCAACCUGAAUGAAAUUUUCGAGAAGUGUAAAAAGCUCAAGGGCCGGAGUGAGAAGAUAGAAGAGCUGGGGUCUCUCCCACUGGAAGACCAUGAUGAGGAACAACCAAUCAGAACAUUGAAGGAGGAGUCAGAGAGCAAGAAAGACAAAUAAAAGGAAAGAGCCCACAGUGUAGAUUAAUGGAAGAUUGGAUAACAUUUGUGUUUAUAUGUCUAAUUUACGCAGCGCCUGCUGGUGGUACACGUUUUUGUACAUGCAGCCUGGAGUGGCUAGCACUGAAAGCUAUAAUUUGGCAAAGAAACAAAGUUCAGUUUCCCUUUACCCCAAAAUGUAGUCAAUUAACCAAGACAUGUUUGGUGUCAGAAGUUCAGUUCAAUACUAUAGUUUUGCACAGGAGCUAUGAUGCUAAAAUGUAUCUGAUAAAUAAUGCAUAAAUCAUUACACUUGUCUUAAACUGUGUCAAGUAAUCUAAUUUUACAUAUUUUUAAAGAUAGCACUACGCUUUAGUAAUUCUUCUCAGAACUAUUGCUUUAAGAGGAAUCAGGUGAAUGAAGAUGACCUGCACACCUUCAGUUGACUUUACUGUUGACUGUUUCAACCAAAAACAGUUAUCACAGACACACUGACCAGCUUCUGCCAGAGAUACCUUGACUUCUGUUACUUGUUGCUUAUUAUCUGUCUUUAAGCCAAAUAAUGUCUAUAGAAAGUGUUAGUCUUUUCAAAGGAGGCUGAUAUUAGUGAGAGGCCAGUGUUUUAGUUGCAAGGUUCAGUUCACCCUCAUUACUGUGAAUAAGGAGAAGACAGUUACACUUUCACUGUUGCAGUAUUAUUUAUUGUUCUGUUGGAAAUGUGUUGGCUCACGUGACCCAGUGUCACCAGCAUUAAAGGAAUACAGAAGGGUAGAAAAAGCCUGCACUUCAUUCCUAGAACUCAAUACAUCUUUCACUCCUCCACUCCAUCCCAUUGUUCCAUGUUUUUCCUCUCAAUGGAUGUGCAGGUAGAGAUCUUCAGACCCUAAGUUACAGUUAAAAAGGCUUCAUAAGGCCAUGGUGGAAAUGACAAAAGAGUAUCAAUAAAAAUACUUUUGUGUGUCACUGCA